AUGUCGCUCGAUCCGCCCACCUAUCUAGCCUCCUUGCAGAGCAACAUUCGACAACGGCCAAUUCCAUGGGACGGCGCCGUGAGGGCAGGUACGCUUACCGAAGAGCAGUACGCAAAGAUCCGUGCUGUCGACAAGGCAAAGAAGCUCGAGCAGAGAAAGGAAGUUGUCGAAGGCGAUUUCGAUGGAUACAGGCUGCUCUUUGUUGGCAGCCCAGGCAAGCCAAGUGUGCUGGAGACUGCAGGCAAGCAUGCCAACGUGAUUCAAUAUAUUUUGGUUCUUCUGGGGGAUCUGAUUGAUGCCGUCCCGUCUCUGGCGAAAGCAUUAUUCAAGAACACCGACCCAUACAGACAUUUCCUACCGUUGCUGCAUUCAAACACCACCGAAGACCCGAUUCCGUUGCUCACGUCUCACGCGUUGACGACCCUCAUGUCUCUGUCUCGGGACGAAUCUAAAGCUACCGAACAGGCCUUGCCCGUGGUGUUCACCUAUCUGUCUGGCUUAGCCAAGAGCACCGAUGCCGGCCUGCAAGACAUUGCCGUACAGGAGUAUUCGGCACUCCUCUUUGGCCGAUCCUCACGCCACAAGUUUUGGAACCAGAGAAGCGAGACGGUUGAGCCUCUUGUCAAGAUUCUGCAGACUGCUGCCGGCAUUGGGAACGGUGGAAACUCCGCCGCCAACUUAUGGAGUGGCAACGUCAACGUUCGUAACAAUGGCUUUGAGGGGUCUCUGGGUGGUGGCGUGGGUCUUCAAUUGCUGUACCACGUUUUGCUCGUUAUUUGGCAGCUGAGCUUUGAGGCUGAUGAGAUUGGCGACGACCUGAACGACGAGUACGACGUAAUUUUGCUUUACACCCAUCUUUUACGGCUGUCUCAAAAGGAAAAGACUACAAGACUCAUCCUGUCUACGCUGUACAACUUACUCGAAAAGAAUCAAACCUCGCUUCUUCCCACCGCCGUCCUCGCCCGAUUGCCGGCUCUUUUGGAGAACCUUGGCAGUCGCCACAUGACGGACCCCGAUCUGCUGGAAGAUUUGCAGAGCCUGAAGGAGUUGCUGGACGAAUAUACCAAGACCAAGACAACUUUUGACGAAUACGUUGCCGAGGUAAACUCUGGUCACCUCCGCUGGUCGCCUCCUCACCGAAGCCAAGUAUUCUGGGCGGAGAAUGCCAGGAAAAUUCUCGAGUUUGAGAACGGCGAGAUUCCCCGAAAGCUUGCCGAAAUCAUGCAGAAGCCGUGGGAUAACGACAAGCAGGUCCUCGCUAUUGCCUGCAAUGAUAUUGGCUGCCUAGUCAAGGAAGUCCCCGAGAAGCGCUACCAAUUGGAAAAGGUUGGUCUCAAGACUCGGGUCAUGGAGCUGAUGCAGAGUGACGAUGAGAAUGUGCGAUGGGAGAGUUUGCGGGCGUUGGGCGGCUGGCUCAAGUACAGUUUUGAGCACCAAUAG